CACAAUCGGGAGACCUACUGGGUAAGUUGAAAGAAAGAAAUGCAAGAUAGUACCAAACUCCGCCGCCCCCUUUUCGUCCAAUUUCCAUCGGGAUAGUACAGCAGUGAUAAGGGAAACCGUCCAGGUUGUGGUCGGCUACGGUCCACUUAACAGGACCAGUCGCCUGUUUCAUUUGCAGAGAUUGUUGUUUCACAAUUGCCUAUCACAGUCGUCAUUCCCAUUACAACAAAUCAUACAAAUCAUUCUGUACUGGUCCGGCUAGCUAAUCUAUUCUUCCUGUUUGCCAUGCAUAGGUCUGAAUGAUAAUGGUCCAUCCGUCCAAUCGCCUGGCCUGACGCUUAAUCUCUCGUCAAACAACCCCUUUCGCAACCGUGCGGUUUCGCCCAAUAGCUUCUCACCUCCCCAUUCUCCAUUUGAUGACCCCCCUCCUCCUCCCCGACCUACCUCGAGAAAUCCUUUUCUUGACCCUUCUCAGCAACCAUCCACAGGUUCUUUCAGUUCCUCCGACAAAAUGGCCUCGACUAAGGAUCAGAAAUCUACUGCUACUGAGGACAUCUUCGCAAGUCUCUCUCUGGACGACAAAGAUUCAAAGUCUCGUUCAAGUUCUGGACGACCUCCAGUAAAUCGUCCUGGUGGCCCUCCUCGCGGCGAAAACAACCCUCCCCGUGGUCGCGGUCAACCGCCUUCCUCAUCUCACAGACCCACCCGGUCGCAGGAAGAAGCUUUGAAAGCGCGUCGCAUGCACAGCUCGAGCGGGGGAGACAAGGGUGGACCAUCGCCCCAAAAGAAACCUACGGAGCGUCGCCCACGCCGCAAUAGUGAUUCGUCCAUGAUGGAAAAGCCGUUGACGGAAGAAGAGAAGAAAGCGCGCGAGCUCAGACGUAAGGAACGCGAACGACGUCACCGUGGCGACGGCAAGGACAAGCCCAAAUCAGGACGAAAACUCGAUAUCAUUGAUCAGCUCGAUGCUACGAGCAUUUAUGGAACAGGACUAUUCCACCACGAUGGCCCAUUCGACGCCUGCAACCCACACCGAAACCGAAAGGGAAGCCGUCGCGCACCUAUGCAGGCAUUUGCUAAGGAUUCUGCCAACAACUCCAUUGGAGGUGCCGGCCCCCUAAACCAGAGACCCGAUCACUUGCAGUUCAUGGGACAAGAGCCACAUGAUGUAUCCAACAUGUAUGGCGGUAGGGUUAAGGAGAAGAGUGGAAGCAAGAGCGAAGCCACCUUUUUCGAUCCAAAGCAGAGGGGCGACUUUGUUGCUGGUGAUGAGACAUUGGGACUCGGAUCUUCGACGUUCUUGGAAGGUACCCCGGCAGCUCGUUCCGCAAUCCAAAAGAACCAGGCCGACACGGCGCAAGAAUUCCUAGAGCAAGGAUUAGGAAGGAAGAAGUCGGUAGUGCAACGCUUCCGAAGCAUCAAACGCGCCCCACGCGAAUACAACGACGCAGGCCGAGUUAGAAGCCCGGAUGAUGCAUACUACACCCCGAAGACUGGUGAUCUAGCCAGCGGUGGUAGCAAUGGAGAGAGGAACCCUUUCUUUGCCGAGUUCGACAAGACCGACGAGCGCAUUUCUGUGAAGCGCAAGGAUUCUGGACAGAUGUCUCCUAUUAGCCCACCGCUACCUGGUGCAAGCCUUGAGCGUAGAGCUACCAACGACGGGGUUACAGCCGAAUCUCCCAACGGAGGAAAUGGAUUUUUGUCGCGCGUCAGGAGCCUGAAGGGAGGGCGACGACAACGACCGGAACCGCCCAGCAAGGACAUGCCUCCCCCUGCUCCCGGUAUGGCUAUCUGAGCCACGGCAAAACUUGAGACAAUAGUUACGAAUUAUAUCUCGUGAGGUAGAAAAUACCGAGCACCGCGUCGCGUUUGAGCCCGGUUCGAUAUUACUCUAGGGACGAUAACAGCAUAUGGUGUUUUCAGGCUUCGGGUUUGGCGCUAUAUUUAUCGCGACAGAAUUCAUGACGAAUACGUCUUUUACACCUUUCUUUUUCCUUGAAAGUGCAAAAUCGACAUGAAUGGUGGAGGGAACGAAAGUUCAAGGAAAGUCGUUCGGCGAUGGGAAUCUUGCGUCAACGCUCACUUCGUUCCCUCAACUUAGUGUCAGGAUACCUUUUUGAAAGUCUUAGAUAAAUCAAUAGGAGGCAGCAACGGCAGCAGGGUCUGUAGUAGACAAUCUGCAUACAUGAUCGCUAGGGGAGGUAUCGAAUGCGAAAUGGAAGGAGGGAAGAAAUAUGGCCUGUGGUCACUAGGCGAGAUUCAUGCAGAUUGAAUUGAAUUCAGUGAAUUGAGACCUACCGUAGGUGUGUUUGGUGUUGUUGCUCGUCUCGUAUAGAUAGGAAUGACGGAAUUGUAAGGGAAUUGUAGGAUCUCCACUUUGGAGUAUAACGUGUAAACUUCGCUUUGUAUGUCUACAGAAUAAGCUACAUAAUUCAGAAUUCGUAUAAGUAUUUUUAAGGAUAAUUA